GUAGUGGGUAGUGGCAGCUAGAGUAGUGGCAGCAUGUGAAAGGACUUGUGAUUUUUCUCUUAUACUUUCGAGUAAAUAUUAAUUGUCAAGUAUGACAAAUAGAAAUAAUAAUUAGUAUUGUUAGGCGUGUGAUGUGUUUAUUUCAAUCCCAUCCUCGCCUCUAACGGUAUCCUACAAAAUGUCCGACAAGAGUAAAAACCUACCCAGCAAACAGAGUUUGAAAAGUCGAACUCUCCAGUGCAAAAACCUGCAUGAGUAUUUAAAAACUUUAAAUCCUAGCACUUUGGAUAAUCUAUACAAUCACCCAACAACUUGCCUAGCGGUUUUCAGGGAAUUACCUCAUGAAGCUAAGCAUUUCGUCAUUCGUCUUCUGUUUGUGGAACAACCGGUUCCCCAAGCAGUGAUUUCCUCUUGGAUUCCCCAAGCCUUCGUCAAAGAAUUGACCGCAGCCACAAAUACCCUCAGUGAGCUGCGGGUUUGGCAUGGAGCACCUAUUCCAGGGGGGUUACCUGGCUGGAUUCUCAAUCCGUCUUUCAGGAAAAAUUUACAAAGCGCCUUAUUAGGAGGAGGGAAACCAUGGACUCUGUCGGCUCAGAUGGAAGAAGACACGAAACCAAGAGAUAUUAAGUUCCUAGAUGAUUAUGCAAUGGAGCGGUGGGAGUGUGUCUUACAUUACAUGGUUGGCUCUCAUCAACAAGAGGGUAUCUCUGCAGAUGCUGUGCGUAUUCUUCUCCAUGCUGGUUUGAUGAAAGGGGAUGAGGAGGAUGGGAGUCCUAUCAUCACCAAAGAAGGUUUCCAGUUUUUGCUCCUAGAUACUUCGGCUCAAGUGUGGUACUUUAUUCUGCAAUAUUUAGACACUGUCAAUGAAAGGGGCUUAAGCCUAGUUGAAUGCUUAACAUUUCUGUUUCAACUUAGUUUUUCCACUUUAGGAAAGGACUAUAGCACUGAAGGUUUAAAUGAAAAACUUCUCAUAUUUUUACAACAUUUAAGAGAGUUUGGACUUGUCUAUCAAAGAAAGCGGAAAGCAGGCAGGUUUUAUCCCACUCGAUUAGCUCUGAAUCUUGCCACCUCUCAAGUGCAGCUACAAAAUGAUGCAACCCAAGCAGUAGAAGGAUAUCUUGUUGUAGAAACCAACUAUCGAGUCUAUGCUUACACAGAUUCAAACCUAAAAGUCGCUUUGUUGGGUCUUUUUGCAGAAAUGAUGUACAGGUUUCCGAACUUGAGUGUAGGAUUACUUACCAGAGACUCAGUUCGAGCAGCAUUACGCAGUGGCAUCACUGCUGAACAAAUCGUUGGAUUUCUGCGGUUGCAUGCUCAUCCUAAACUGCUUGCCAACAAUCCAGUUCUUCCUCCAACAAUUGUUGAUCAAAUCAAACUGUGGGAAAAUGAGCGAGAUCGCUUUACAUUCACAGACGGUGUUCUUUACUCACAAUUCCUCUCGCAGUCAGACUUUAUCACUCUAAGAGAUUAUGCCCAAGAGCUUGGUGUCUUAACAUGGCAGAACGAAAAAAAGAGGACAAUGGUUGUCACAAAAGAAGGUCAUGAUGAGGUGAAAAAGUUUUGGAAAAGACUCUCAAAAAACAGUAGCUAACACUAAAAUAAUCAUCCCUUUUAUGACAAAUUAGUCAAAAGCAUAAGUUCAUAACACUUCUAUGUGAUCCCUGCGUGUGAGCAGCGACUCUGGUUCACUCUCGCAAUAUUGAAGAGCAGAGUACGAAACUAUGUCCCUCUGUUUCUGACGUUGCAGACUUCUUGUCAUACUUCAAUUUUUCCCAGGAAAAUUAGUCGAUGUGAUUUUUUUGAAAACUUCCUUGAUACUUCUCCUCUAUGAGCAGAGUAUAUUCUGUAUUAAUUUAAAGCUAUGAAGUCAGCUUGUUUCUCCUCAAAAAUAUAAAAUAGGAGGGUAUAUUUUGAAGUAUUACAAUGGAGAUAUGCUGUUUUGCACUUUGAUCAUCGAUUUUGUGCUUGAAAGAUCACACAAGGUAGAGUUGCCCUCUCUAUUUUAGUGUAUUUUUGGAAGGAAAUGUACUAUUAAGUUUUUUUAUUUUGUGGUUUGUAAGGUGAUUUAAAGUAUGGCACUGAGGGCAAAAAUGGUUGCAAAAAGUCUUGCAUCAAAAUCAGAGGAUAUCUGUGUCACAUUGCAUCUUGACUUCUACAAAAUAUGUUAAUAGUGACAGGAUCCAGCAGCCUGAUUGUUGAAAUUUUUUGUUUGUCGGGACGACAUAGAUGACAUAAGUUAAAAGGCGAAGCGUGAUUGGUCGGCUAUGUCUCAUUGCUGCUUUGUCGUGCCUAUGUCGGGUUGAC